GACUAAUUCGACAAUUGCAAUAUUUUAAAGCUUGUUGCUAUUCUGUUCUAUUCAGUUACAUGCCAAAUCGAUAAAACUUAGAAUCAAGUUGUUUUUAACUUAGACUCCAACAGUCUUUAAACAUACGGUGGGAAACGUGUACGUCAGUCGCAGCAUUUUACUUCCGUCCGUUUUCUCCAACAAUGUGCACGUUGCAGGUGAGAAUCUGCAAAGCACGACAAUGACAUCGACGACUUCCACAUCAUUCGGAAGCGAGAUGACUGAAACUGUCUCGAAUUCUAUGAACACUGAGGAAGUGUCGGACGUGGAUUUCACGGACAUAUUACAGCGUGGCACCAUCGUCGCGGUAGCUCCGAUGGAACUGGCAUUUUCCGCUCAAUUAGGAGUGAACCGCGAUAUGAUCAUCGGCAGUGAAAAAGAGGUAAUUAUGACGAUAAUUUAUAUGUAAGACACAGAAAUUUACACGUUUUGAAUGAACCUUGUGGUAAAAAAUGCAAGUGCAUGUAAAUAAAUUUACAUUUAAGAGCCAACUCCCUCGACGUCACUUACCUUCGUCUGUAUGUGCUCUCUCCAUGGGGAUCAUUCCAUCGGAACGGUGAUACGAGGGGAGAAAGCGGGUAAGGGAGUAAUCGGCGUCGGUGGAAUCGAUCCUAAAUCAUCCUUGAUCUUACUACCCUGUGUUUCAGCCUGCUGCGCCAAUGGCAGCGUUCAAUUUCCGCUCCACCUGUACCCUGUUUUUUUUUUGUUGUAUACAUGUUCCGAGAUAACCUGAUGCUGCGUGUUGCAGACAGAGCAGCGCGCGAGCAACCGCUCGCAAUAUCAACGGAUCAGAACAGAACAGGCAUGCACUUGACGGUUUUACGACCGUACAUUGCUCUUGAAGGGCCAAACUUCAAAAAAUGUACUGCUGCAGCAAAAAGUUAGACCACAAUUAAAAAA